UGCGUUAGUUAUCAAACCACACUGUAUUCUCUCCUUCGUUAACACUCGGGGUGCGUUCUUAAAUUCGCAACGGAUGUAGCUAGAUACAUCUGUUGUACAGUUGCGUUCUUAAAUUCUCAACAGAUGUAGCUGAAUGCAUCUUAUUGUGCAUUAUUGUGAGUGUUAAGUGUAGACACGUUUAUUUUAGUCUAAAAAAUCAAACAAUACAAUGUCAUUAAUUGAAGUUGAUUUUGCAAAUGAACCAUGGCCAAUUAUUAAAGACAUUGUAUCAACAAAAAUGUACGAGCGAUUUUGCAAUGAUACAACACUAAGUAAGGAUUAUCACGAGAUGCUAUUAAAACAAAGAGAUAUUUUUUAUUCACCAGUCUUAGAUAAAGGUACCUUAAUAGAAAUAGAUAUUACUGGUGGAAAAUACAAAUAUAAAGAGUUAAUAACAGCAAACAUGUUUCUCCGAAUGCAUAAUGAUACUACAUUGAAAGAAGAUUGGAAAGAAAUGCUUUCACUGAAAAUGAAUAUAAAAUGUGAAAAUGAUGAAAUGGAUGAAUUUAUCUAUAUUGAUAAAAAUAAAAAUAAUACUUGCACUGAAACACAGUUUCCUGAAUGUAGUGAAUCUAGUUCAUCCACCUCAUUUAUAUAUACUCCGUCGGCUUUAGAUGAUGUUCAAUGGCUACUUAAAAAAACGUGGUUUUUCAUCGAAGAACGUUUCAAACGCGAAAAAAAGUUUCAGAAUCCUAAAUCUCAUGUUGAUAAAUAUUGGAAUGAAAUUCUUCAGUUAAUGAUUAGUAAUGGUUAUACGGAGUGCAAAAAAAAAGGGAUACAUGGCUUAAAAACAAAAUUUAAAAAUCUUAUGGUUUCCUAUAGAAGAAAUGCAGAUAAAAGACGAAAAAAGACUGGAGAAUCUUCAAUAAAAUGGCCAUAUUUUGACCGUUUUGAUGAAGUUUAUGGAGAAAAGAACAAUGUGAAUCCACCAAAAACACAUUUGGCAAGUACAUUUACUGCAACUCAAAAAAGAAAGAAAAAUGACAUAGAAUUGGCUUCAGCAGAAAACAAAGAAAAUGGAGAUGAGUUAGAUUCAGAUACAGUUGAAGUUGAAAAUGCACAAUUUAUUGAUGAUUAUACAGAUGAUUCUUCAUCUACUAAUGAAAGUACAGUACAAAUUAAGAAAAAACGACUUUCGGUAAAUGAGAAAAUGGUUGAAAUAUUGGAUAGGAAUCUUCAAACAAAAAUAGAUCAAUGGCAGGAAAAAAAAGCUCUGAAAGAGUUACAAAAUAAAGCACUUAUGUACGUAGGUGACUGCAUAAAAUCUUUAUGCAAUAAAAAGGAAGACAAUAAUAAUUAAAAAUAAGACAAAGACGUGAAGAGGAAUUGAAGAUAAUGUAUUCUUUCAUUGUGUUAUAAAAAAGCAAAUACUAUACGUGUUACGAAAAGAAAGGAGUUCCAAAAAAAAAAGGAGAUCAGACACAACGCGGAUCCGCGGCGCUCACUCCGGCAAGGAUGAGAUGAGGAAAAAUUACUUGUCGUGUAUUAAUCGGAAAAUAAUAAACAAAAAACUAUGGUUUUCUAUGAGACAGCUCCGUUUAAUUCUUGACUCGCAAAAAAAUACAACGGCGGGUAUUCGCUAACGCAGCCACUUGCGAGUUUCGGCGCGAAGCACGCGCGACAACGAGAGAGAAGAAAAGGCGCGCUUUUUCUCUCUGAGACAGAAUUGCGGUCUGUGCUCUGCGACGGUCUAGCGAGUCACUGGCUCGCGAGCAACGGGGUCCUUGUCUCCCCGAACCUCCGGAGGAGUCGAUCACACACGGAUCCGACUCAAAAGCACGGAGUGAACACGACUCCUCCAGAAGGUCGAGAUGUUGACAACAGGCCCCCGCGUACCAUCGAUCUCACGCGGCUCGCCAGUGACAUCCACGGAUCGCGGAGGCCGCCGAUUCGAGCAAAACAUCGAGGGCUCGACUUGCCGCUAGCGAGAGCGCGAGCGCCCGAUAAUUCGCGUUAUUCGCGCUUAUUUACUAAACAAUACGAGAUAUAAAUGAUAGACAUGGACUUGAGGUACAAAUUAUGGAGUUUGGUCAGAUACCAAAACAAAUGUUUAUUUUAACGUUUUU